AUGAUUCGACCUGCUAUAGCAUCGCUGUCCCUGGGCGCCCCGGCUGUGCACGACAUCUCGACAAGACUGCGCGAAGCAGCACGCAAUGGAUUUCAUGGGGUUGAAAUCAUAGACACUGAUAUCGACACGGCCGCAGAGAAGCUCCCAGGAGGAUUGACUUACGAAAAUAGGUUGCAUGCCGCAAGGCACAUCCGAAAGCAGUGCGAUGAGCUUGGGUUGAGUGUGGUGGUCUUUCAACCAUUCCGACAGUACGACGGUCUACUCGACCGCAAGCAGCACGAAGCCAUGAUAGAGAAGCUUCAAUUAUGGCUCGACAUCGUCAAGAUCUUGGGAAGCGACAUGAUUCAAGUGCCAACAAAUUGGCUGCAGGAAGGCUCGACGGACAGCGAGGAGGUCGUGGUGGCUGAUCUCAUAGAAAUGGCCGACAUGGGUCUUGCAGAGCGCCCUGUAGUCCGGUUCGCAUAUGAAGGGGUAGCCUGGGGCAAAUAUAUCGACACGUGGGAAGGCACAUGGGAGAUGGCAAAGAAAGUUGACAGACCUAACUUUGGGCUCUGCUUGGACACCUUCCAUAUAGCUGGUCGAGUAUGGGGGGAUCCCACCGCACCAACGGGGCGCACUGGAGAUGCCGACCGUGCUUUAGAGAGGUCCAUCCAACGCUUGGUCAAGGAGCUAGACGUUGAGAAGGUGUUCUACGUCCAGGCUGGAGACGCUGAGAAGCUGGAGCCGCCAUUGAGCCAGUCUCAUCCCUUCCAUGCUGUCGACCAGCCUGCAAGAAUGAGCUGGUCACGAAACGCGCGCCUGUUCCCAUACGAGGAAGACCGUGGCGGCUAUCUCCCUAUCGAGCCAGUGAUGAAAGGCAUUGUUGAAGGGCUGGGUUAUGAUGGAUGGGUCAGCAUGGAGCUGUUCUCGCGGGAGCUGUCGCGGCCAGACCCUGAGUUGCCAACACGGUUUGGUGCUAGGGCUUCAGCAUCGUGGAAGAAGAUGAUUGCGGCAUUGAAACAAUGA